CGGACAAAUGGACAACUAAACUCRUCAAUAGAUAUCUAUGGAGGCUGUUCUAAAAGAUCGCCACGCCAAAUUACACCACCUGRAAUUCUACGCUUUAACAUGGAAAAAGAAUAUGAUGAAGAUAAUUCAACCAUUCAUCUCGAUAGCGCCAKCGAUUUUUAUUCCUUCGAGUGCCAAUGGUUGGUGACCGUGCCUUGUGAUCAUUUGGUGUUGCUCAAAUUUARAUUCUUACCCUUUGAUAAGAGUUGUCGGGCCARGAGGAGUCACCGACUUGACAUCUAUGACUCUUCAUUCAAGACAAGAAAAUYUAUAUGGCGAUGCAACAUGGAUGGCAAACCAACGUUUUUCUCCUCGGGGCGCAAUAUGUUUAUAGGGUAUCAUCAAAGUUUUAAGGUCCUCAACAGACUCAAGUACGAUUUUAAAUUUACAGCUGAAUUAGCAGCAGUUUCUCUUAAUGAAGCAAGAUGCCCAAUUUCAAGCGUGAAGAACCUUAAUUCAUCAACAAACCAAACGAAGUACAUCAUGUCCCCGCAGUUUCCAAACUUUUCACCACUUGACCAAUUCUGCACAUGGUUGAUCACAGCACCAUUACGCCAUAUAGUUCUUCUCCGAUUCUCGCACUUUAUAGUAGAUGAAUCAAUCAAGUGUGUUAGAAGUUACUUCGAAGCACGGGAUGGCGAUAAAUCUGAUAGUCCUGUACUGGUGAAACUGUGCGGUAGCGACUAUAGAUGUCCAAUUGUGUCAUCGAGUCGUUACAUGUGGAUAAGAUACAAGACUGAAUGGACUAAGAUGAACGCUUUUAGCGCAGCUUACAUUGCUGUUCAGGAAGGUGCCGCAAAUCCAUUGACAUUGCUUAACAGGACCAGCACCGAGCUCAAUGUUUCUAUAACAAAGGAAGAACUAGAAAAACAAAACUACAUURCCUGUGMAUGGGCAUUUAAGGUGCCAAAGGGAAGAGGUUUAAACGUAACAGUGUCAUUGGGGUCAGCUUUGAAACAMGGAUGUUCCCAGGAGCGAUUAGAUGUCAUAAGUGGGUCAACUCUUCAAGGAAAGCUUUUGAUGUCCAAAAAKUAUUUGCUCACCAAAGCAAAGGAAACAUUUAUAACGUUCAAUGGGGAACUMUUGAUGUUUCAUCUUGUCCCUAAUCRAAAAGGAACGAGUUGUGCAUUCAASAUACAACUGAAGACUUGGACUAAAUUUGUAACAACACAAAGACCACAAGUUGCUUCCAGGGGCAUAUCGACUUCGUUCCGAACGACUGUCACUAAUAUUUCCAAAGUGAACAAGAUCUCUACUAAGAAUAUUGUGGGAGUGGUACUAGGCAGUACAGUUGCUUUGAUUUUGGUUGGCUUUUGUUUCAUUGUGAUUCGGAAGAAAAUGAAGGCAAAAAUAUACAAAAGAAGUCUAGACGAUUGGGAAAUCUCAUCCAACAAAGUGGUGCUGCUAGACGAACUCGGACAAGGAGCAUUUGGUAAAGUAUGGAAAGGAUACGUCCGGAGGAAAGACCUCCGAAACAAGACGAUACCAGCUGAAGUUGGUGGAAACAAUKCACCAAAAUUGACUUCUAAAGAGUCUAUGGUAGUUGCAGUGAAAACACCACACAGUUGCGAAGCAAACUCAGAAGAAGUAAAGAGCGAGCUCCUCCUUGARAUCGAGUUUAUGAAGACMGUCGGUUACCACAGGAACAUCAUCUGCAUGCUUGCUUGCUGCACAUUAGAAGAAAAUGUGCUACUGGUUUUAGAGUAUGCCGACAAUGGGGAUUUGUUAACGUUUUUGAGAAACAAACGGGGAAAAAAGGCGAGUUUUCAAAUGUGUGAGUUCAUUGUUACGCACAUKCAUUGGAAGGCUCUAUACUUUGCAACUUGAGAUUCAGUCCGUCAAGUUGUUGGUAUUAAAUAUAAGU